AUGCCACAGCACCUGACAGGGGACAGGCCCUUUGCCUCCAUGCCCCAGCUCACCUUCCCCAGCCCACCUGCAGUCAUUGACAGCAGCUUCAGCCUCACACCCCUCAGUGAGAGAGCUUCCCUGGGCACUCUGACAGCCAGCAGCCCCCUGGACCUCUACAGCCAACCCCUCUGUGCACCCUCGGCGGGGAAGCACGGUCAGGGCCCUGCCCGUGAUGUGCGCUACGUGUCCGCAGAGCCCAACAUGGCCUGUGGCUGGUGGACCUUCGCACCCUCAUGCCUGCAGGCCUUCAACCGGCCACAGGGCGUGCUGUUCUUCCUGUGCUUGGCGUCCUUCCUGCAGGGCAUGACGGUCAACGGCUUCAUCAACACUGUCAUCACGUCCAUCGAGCGGCGCUUUGACCUGCACAGCUAUCAGAGCGGCCUGGUGGCCAGCGCCUAUGACAUCGCCGCCUGUCUCUGCCUCACCUUCGUCAGCUACCUGGGCGGCUCGGGCCACAAGCCCCGCUGGCUGGGCUGGGGCGUGCUGCUCAUGGGCCUGGGCUCCUUUGUCUUUGCGCUGCCCCACUUCACUGCUGGCCGCUAUGAAGUCGAGGCCUCCGAGGAGGUGGCCACCUGCCAGGGCAACCACAGCACAGUCUGCGUGGACAGCACCUCGGGCCUGUCCCACUAUCGGCUGGUCUUCAUGCUGGGGCAGUUUCUGCACGGUGCUGGGGCCACGCCACUCUACACGCUGGGCGUCACCUACCUGGACGAAAACGUCAAGUCCAGCUACUCGCCGGUCUACAUUGCUGUCUUCUACACUGCGGCCAUCCUUGGACCUGCAGCCGGCUACCUGGUGGGGGGUGCGCUGCUGAACAUCUACACGGAGGUGGGCCAGCGGACGGAGCUGACCACAGAGAGCCCACUGUGGGUUGGUGCCUGGUGGGUUGGCUUCCUGGGCUCUGGGGCUGCUGCCUUCCUCAUCACCAUCCCCAUUCUUGGCUUCCCACGGCAGCUACCAGGAACGCAGCGUUACAUGGUCAUGAGGGCAGUGGAGACUCAGAAGCUCAAGGACAGUGGUCCCAGGACCACAGCCAACCCGGACUUUGGGAAAACCAUGCGGGACCUCCCUCUUUCCAUCUGGAUCCUCCUAAAGAACCCUGCAUUCAUCCUGCUCUGCCUGGCUGGGGCCACAGAGGCCACUCUCAUCGCUGGCAUGUCCACAUUCGGCCCCAAGUUCCUUGAGUCCCAGUUCAGCCUCAGCGCCUCAGAAGCAGCCACUUUGUUUGGGUACCUGGUGGUCCCGGCAGGCGGGGGUGGCACCUUCCUGGGCGGCUUCUUGGUGAACAAGUUUAAGCUGCGUGGCUCGGACAUCAUCAAGUUCUGCCUGCUCUGCACUGUGGUCAGCCUCCUGGCCAUAUUCAUCUUCUUCCUGCACUGCCCCAAUGUGCCCAUGGCUGGAGUGACAGUCAGCUACAGUGGAAGCCCGCUGCCGCAGGGCCACCUGCAGCUGACAACCACUUGCAACGCGGCCUGUGACUGCCAGCCUGAGCAAUACAGCCCCGUGUGCGGCUCCGACGGCCUCAUGUACUACUCGCCCUGCCACGCGGGAUGCCUGUCAGUGGCCACCACAGACCUGGGUGGCCGGAAGGUGUACCGAGACUGUAGCUGUGUCCCUCAGAAUUUGUCCUCUGGCCUUGGCCAUGCCACUGCAGGGAAAUGCACCUCCACCUGUCAGAGAAAGCCCCUCCUUCUGGUUUUCGUAUUCGUUGUAAUUAUCUUUACAUUCCUCAGCAGCAUUCCCGCGCUGACCGCAACCCUACGGUGUGUGUGUGACUGGCAGCGGUCCUUCGCACUCGGAAUCCAGUGGAUCGUUGUUAGAACCCUAGGGGGCAUCCCGGGACCCAUUGCCUUCGGCUGGGUGAUUGACAAGGCGUGCCUGCUCUGGCAGGACCAGUGUGGCGUGCAGGGCUCCUGCUUUGUGUACCGGAACGCAGCCAUGAGCCGGUACAUACUCAUCACCGGACUCCUGUACAAGGUACUUGGUGUCCUCUUCUUCAUGGCGGCCUGCUUCCUGUACAAGCCCCCGUCAGGGUCUUCCGAUGGCCUGGAAGUUUCUCUGCCCAGUCAGUCCUCGGCCUCUGACAAUCCCACCCACCAUCCAGAAGAGACCUCCGUCUUCCAGCACCAGAGCGACGUCUGA